AUGGCAGAGAAGAAGAUGAAGCAAAAGGAGCUUAAGCGACGGAACAUCAUGGAUUCGAUCAAGCGCAUCGAGGAGUUCCUGGACAACUACAACCAAGAACAAGACUCCCAACAGGUAGCGAUACGAUUGAGCAGACUGGACAAGCUGAUGGAUACCUUCGAGGAUAUACAAGGUGAAUAUGAAACGUUUGACGAGUCCGAUGAAUUCGUUAAGCAUAAUAUGGGCGUUCGAGCAAAGGUAGAAGAGCAAUUUUUUCGGGUUAAAGGUGGGCUGACUUCCCUUAUGCCGUCCGUGGCACCAACACCAGCACAAGUGGUAGCGCCAGUUCCAGCUAUUUCUCACUCUAUUGGUGUCAAGCUUCCGACAAUUACACUCCCGCAGUUCGAUGGAGAUUUAAACGAGUGGUUAACGUUUCAUGAUUCGUUCAGUUCUUUGAUUCAUUCCUCGGCGGAUAUUCCAUGUAUUCAAAAAUUUCAAUAUCUCCGAUCUGCACUAAAAGGUGAUGCGCUCAGGUUAAUCGAAACCCUUACGAUCACCGCAGCAAACUAUAGUGUGGCAUGGCAGUCUCUUUUGAAUAGAUAUGCCAACAAAUAUUUAUUGAAAAAGAAACACCUGCAAGCAAUUACGCACCAACCCAAGAUGCUUGCCAAGUCCGCUUCAAAGCUUUGUGUCGUUGUCGAGGAGUUCCAACGCCAUGUUAAAAUCCUGGAACAAUUGGGUGAACCAACCACGCAAUGGAGCAGCUUACUGGUUCAUUUACUUUGCUCAAGAGUGGAUGAGCAAAGCCUGAAGGAUUGGGAGGAGUUCAUGUCCGCUGGUAACGAUCCCACGUACGCCAAUUUGAUUGAAUUCCUCAACAAGAAAAUUCGCACUUUUGAAUCACUUUCAAUUACUGCGGUUCAAUUUGCAUUAUCUCCCCAAAAUAAGCACAACCCCCCCUCAAAGCAGUCAAGGUCGUCCCAAGGUCCUUCGUCUUCUCAAAUUAAUAGUUACGCUGCAACUGAGAACUACCUACCUAAUUGCCAUGCAUGCAACCAACAACACCUGUUGGUAAAGUGUCCCGUGUUUGAGAAGAUGCCCUUAAAGGAUAGGCUGAACGUUGUGAACGCCAAGAAGAUUUGCAGUAAUUGCUUUCGCGGAGAUCACUUCGUUCGCAAAUGUGCAUCCAAAUUUUCCUGCCGCGUUUGUCAAAAGCGGCAUCACACCUUGUUACAUCCAGGAUUUGAACCACUGACGAACAACAACGGAAACAUUAACCUCAGUCAAGGUCAUCGUCAAGGAUCAACUUCUAACGCGGCACGAUGUGAAGUCGAGGCGAUAGGUGCACAAACUGAAACAUCAAUCUCGUCCAACUCUGUAUCGGACCCUCGCAGUGUGAAUGUAUUCCUUUCAACAGUUGUACUCAUCAUAAUAGAUGGUUAUGGGAGAGAGCACCUUGCACGAGCAUUAUUAGAUUCGGGAUCUCAGUGCUGCCUGAUGAGUGAGCGACUUUGCCAACAAUUGCGAUUGGUUCGACGCCGAAUAAACCAACCCAUAUUCGGUGUCGGGGAAUCUCAGGUACGUGCUGUUGGCUCGGCUUCCACCGAAAUUCGAUCGCGACUAGAAGAAUUUUCGGUUCCUAUGGAGUGUCUGAUUCUACGCAACAUCACCACAAGCCUGCCUGCGGUUACAAUACCGAAAAACAAUUGUUUUAUUCCCGAGGGCAUUGAUCUUGCGGAUCCUGAUUACAAUGUGUCGCGGAGAAUUGAUCUGAUAAUCGGAGCUGAACAUUUCUAUACUUUUCUAAAGGGUGGCCGGAUGAAUUUGGGUGAAUCGUCACCGACACUUGUGGAAAGCGUGUUUGGCUGGCUGGUGUCAGGAAAAUCAUCGUAUGCUCCAAUUCCCCACCCUCCGCUAUGUCAUAUUUCCACACUAGAAUCGCUCGAUAGGAACAUAGAGAAGUUUUGGCGAAUCGAAGAGGUAGAUACGAAAGUUCUUUCCCCGAUAGAACAACACUGUGAGAACUUCUACAAAAGCACUGUGUCCAGAGAUCCCUCUGGUCGGUAUGUGGUCAAAUACCCUAAAAAGGAUGGAUUUUCUCAUAUGCUGGGCGAAUCUUAUACCAAUGCUGUACGACGGUUGGAAGGUCUCGAAAGAAAGCUGGAGCGGAAUGAGUUGCUGAAAGAGAGGUACCACACCUUUAUGUCAGAGUUCGUUAACCUUGGUCACAUGCGUGAGAUUUCCCUAGAUGAAGAAGCAUCUUCCGUGGCCUGUUUUCUCCCACAUCACCCAGUUGUAAAAGAAGCGAGUAUGACCACGAAGGUCCGUGGCGUGUUCGACGCUUCAGCGAAAACUAGUACAGGUUACUCCCUUAAUGAUGGAUUGCUAACAGGUCCUGUGCUACAAGAUGAACUGUAUCUGAUUAUUCUCCGAUUCCGAAGGUAUAAGGUAGUUUUAUUGGCGGACAUCGAAAAGAUGUACCGCAUGGUUCGUAUCCAUCCAGAUGAUCAGCCUCUUCAAUGCGUACUGUUUCGCUUCAGUAAAGUUGCUCCUAUAACCAAGUAUGUCCUCACUACAGUGACAUAUGGAUUGUCUCCAUCGUCGUUUCUAGCAACGCGUACUCUCUAUCAGCUUGCCGAAGACGAAGGAAGUUCGUAUCCUCUCGCUGCUGAUGCCUUGAAGCAAGAUUUUUACAUGGACGAUUUCAUCCGAGGAGAAAAUUCCGUUGAUUCGGCGAUUCAAUUACGACGGCAAAUGACUGAGUUACUUCAUCGUGGAGGCUUUCGGUUGAGAAAAUGGUGUUCCAAUUUCCAAGAGGUCCUUGAUGGCGUUCCCGAGGAGGAUUUAGCUGCUCAGUCCAAUCGUACAUUCGACCCUGACGAGACGAUUAAGACAUUGGGACUCAGCUGGGAGCCAUUGACUGAUCAGUUUCGUUUCGACGUGAAUAUAGGCAUGAAGCAGAGCAAGAUCACAAAGCGCAUAAUACUGUCGGAGAUUUCUCGUUUGUAUGAUCCACUCGGAUUAAUUGCUCCGAUAGUGGUUCGGGCCAAAAUAAUCAUGCAACAGUUAUGGAUGUUGUCUCUGGAAUGGGAUGAGGAAGUGCCUACAGACAUCCAAACUAAGUGGGCGACCUUCGUCAAGGAAUUGUCUUCCUUAUCCAAAUUUAGAAUAGAUCGCUAUGCUUUCGAGGUGGGGGUGGUGCAGCUUCAUUGUUUUGCCGAUGCAUCUGAUGAUGCAUAUGGGGCGUGCAUUUAUGUUCGUACAGCUGACACCCACGGAUAUGUGAAAACUGAGCUGUUAACCGCAAAAUCUCGGGUGGCCCCAUUAAAAAAGCGUAGUAUUCCCCGAUUAGAGUUAUGUGCAGCACAAAUUGCUGCCCAUUUAACAUCCAAGGUCCGUGCUACAUUAGCAAUCGAAGCGGAUUCCGUCUGGUAUUGGUCAGACUCGAUGGUAGUUCUGCAUUGGCUUCAAUCACCACCCCAAACAUGGAAGACUUUUGUGUCCAAUCGCGUUGCAGACGUCCAAAUUCUAACCCACGGAUCAAAAUGGCGACACGUUUCUGGUACUGAGAAUCCUGCAGAUCUUCUUUCACGCGGUAUGGCAGUCGAAAAAUUUACAUCCAGCGAACUUUGGAGACAUGGACCUUCCUGGCUGCGGAAAGAACAGCAUUUAUGGCCGGAACAAAAUGCUAUUUUGACGGAUCAAGGAACCGACGAGCUGCUGGAACGAAGGAUAAACAGUUUGGUCGUCCAAACCACGUCGCCACCUAACCCAAUAAUUACCCGAUUCUCGUCAUACCAUCGCCUGACUCGUACGAUUGCUUACUGCUUUCGCUUCGUUAACAACGUUCGGGAGAAAGAAAAAAGGAACACAGAUAUUCUAUCUACCGAAGAACUAGAACACUCAAAAACUUGUCUUAUCAAGAUGGUGCAAGCUGAGUGCUACAAGGAUGAGCUCCAGGCUCUGAAAAAGGGAAAAUCAGUUGCAAAUCGAUCCACACUGAAACUUUUAAAUCCCACUAAGGCUGUUCACAUUGAACUGGUUGGAGAUUUAUCUUCAUCAUCCUUCCUCUCUGCCUUGCGCAGAUUUAUUGCUCGCCGUGGGUUACCCGAACACAUUUAUUCGGAUAACGCCACGAAUUUUGCCGGGGCCAAACACGAACUUCAUGCUCUCUAUCAAAUGCUCAAAAAUCAAACCGAAAAUGCUCGUAUCGCUACCAGUCUUGCAACGAAUGGGAUAAAAUGGCAUAUGAUCCCCCCGCGCGCCCCAAACUUCGGCGGCCUUUGGGAGGCCGCAGUAAAGGUGGCAAAAAAACACCUCGUUCGCCAAAUAGGAACUAGUUCGCUUCUGCAAGAAGACCUGCAAACAGUGUUAGCUCAAAUUGAGAGCUGUAUGAACUCUCGCCCUUUGGUCGCGUUGUCGGAUGACCCCAACGACCUUGAAGCCCUAACGCCGGGGCACUUUUUAGUGGGCUCAAACUUACAAGCGCUCCCCGAGCCGGAUUUGCGGAACCUGCCGACCAACCGUUUGGAUAGAUACGAAUGUGCUCAACAAAAGGUUCAACAUUUCUGGUCCCGAUGGACUUCCGAAUACCUCAAGGAGCUUCAACAUCAAGCAACUAUCAACCCGCGAAAGGUCAGUCUCAAGAUUGGCCAAAUAGUCGUUCUCCAGGACCAGCAACUGCCAAUGCUUCGCUGGCCAUUGGCCCGCAUAAUGCAGCUUCACCCUGGUCAAGACGGCGUGGUGCGUGUGGUAACCGUUCGUACUGCGUCGGGUAUUUUCAAGAGGCCAACGUCGAAGGUUUGCCUGCUGCCACCGGAGAUGGAGGACGGCGAAGAAAACUUAGCAGCUAAGUAG